UCCUUCCACAGGAAACGAAAAGGAGUUGCCUGGUGAGAUUUUUGACUUCCUCAGUGGUAGCGUUCUGCAGAGAAUGACCCCACCCCUGCAGUUUUACAUAUAUGGACUUGAUUUUUUGAGUUACUCCCAGAAAUUUCUUUGCUUGAGUUUCAGCUGUUUGUGCCGAUAGAAGACAAGAAGAAGAAACCUUCAAAAUGUGGGACAAAAUAAAACUGCUUCUAGCUGCAAUCAUUUUCACAGCUCUCUACUGCAAAGUGACUGCAGAGAGACCAAUACUAAUGGACAUGGCCCCAGAUUCUGUAGACAACCAGUACAAAGGAUGUCAUCAAGAGGCCUUGAAGAAGAUCCAAUCAGGCCUGUUACAACAAGAGCUCCGCGGCAAUGAGUUAUUCCAGAAAGCAUGGAAUGCAAGUAUCCAGUGUACAAAGCUGAUCCCUGGAGGAAUAAAAGAACACACUGCUGCACUUUUGGCAUAUAUCGAUGGGGAUGCACAGUUUAUAAGUAACUUUAACAAUGAAGUGAAGGCAAUGGGCGUAAAUGUUAGCACCUAUGAAGACCGCUUCGCUUUCAAGUCUCUCCAUUUCCUGCUGAUGGAUUCGAUAAAGCUGCUGUAUCCAAAGAAGUGCAAGACUCUGUAUCUUCUCUCAGAUGGACCAUACACCGUAAAACAGGGCUCAAAUGUGAGAGUUGGGGGGUUCACCAAAGUUCAUUCAAACUAUAAAGAGAUGAAAUCAAUGGAAGAUAUGGAUGGCCUGGUCAUUUUUAACAUCACUUCUUGCUUCUUUGCCAACCUUGGAGACAACAUUUGCAAAGAUGAAAAUACUGCACUCUUAUCUCCAGCUGAAGUGUUCACUGUGGAGUAUUUAAAUAAAACAACUGAUCCAGAUGAAGGGAAAUACACAGAAGUUGUAUUGAAACACUCAAAACUGGACAGCUCGCUCAAUUGUUUUUCACGGUCCCCAGCUGAUGUCUCCACCCAGUGGCUUGUGUUGGUGCUUGUGGCUUUCUCUCUUUUCUUCUUUCACUGAAAAAACAAAGAAUUACUUCUACCGCAUUUUUUUAAUUAUAGACUCUAUCUAUCUAUCUAUCUAUCUAUCUAUCUAUCUAUCUAUCUAUCUAUCUAUCUAUCUAUCUAUCUAUCUAUCUAUCUAUCUAUCUAUCUAUCUAUCUAUCUAUCUAUCUAUCUAUCUAGUUUAGUUUAACAUUUUCAGGGUAGUGAAUGUAUGUAGGUUAAACCAGCUUGCACUGAUCUACAAUGUAGUCACAUUUAUUUGCAGCUUGCAGAGUACUGACAGAGCAUAAACCUGUCAACCUCACUGCUCACAGUCACAGCAUCCAGCGGUUCUUGAUAAAAUACUGUACUUCAAGUGUUACUGCUUCUAAAACCACAAUAUCUUGAUUUAAUCUUUCUUUUUCCACCAUGUUAAAUAAAAACAUGCAAAAUGA